AUGUCGGCCGGCGGAGCGCCAGUCCCGCCGCCCCCGAACCCCGCCGUGUCCUUCCCGGCGCCCCGGAUCACCCUGCCCGCCGGCCCGGACAUCCUGCGGACCUACUCGGGUGCCUUCGUCUGCCUGGAGAUUCUGUUCGGGGGCCUCGUCUGGAUUCUGGUCGCCUCCUCCAACGUUCCUCUACCUCUGCUACAAGGAUGGGUCAUGUUCGUGUCCGUGACGGCUUUUAUCUUUUCUCUCCUCUUCCUGGGCGUGUUCCUCUCUGGCAUGGUGACUCAGAUUGAUGCCAACUGGAACUUCCUGGAUUUUGCAUACCAUUUUACCAUGUUUGUCUUCUACUUUGGAGCCUUUUUACUGGAAGCAGCGGCCACAUCCCUGCAUGACCUGCGUUGCAAUAUGACCAUGGCUGUGCAGCCGCUCUUGAGCGAUAACCAGUAUAACAUAAACGUAGCAGCCACAAUUUUUGCCUUUGUGACGACAGCCUGUUAUGGUUGCAGUUUGGGUCUGGCUUUACGAAGAUGGCGACCGUGACACUCCUUAGAAACUAACGGUCCAUGUGUUGGUUUUAUUUGUCUACUUUACGUGUCUGAUGGAUUUGGAUAUCAUUUUGUCCAAAUAUAAUAACAUUCCAAAAGCAAUUUGUUUAUAUAUAGAGAAAACCUAAGGACAAGUUUUGGUUCAUUUCAUGGAUGGAAUUUUAAUUUUAUAAUGAUGUUAAACAGAGAAGUGGCCUUUAAUUUUACAUCGGUCUCUUUCCUUUUUUAAGAAAAUUUUCCCUUAUAUCCAUAAAAUAUACCAAUAUUGUUCAUGAGAAAAGGGUGUCUCUUUGGUUUCGUUAUUGAGUCACCUAAACCUUAAUUUUACUAGGUAACUAACAUUUCCUAAAGGAAAAGAAAAAAAGACACAUUUUAAAUAGUCUUCCCACUGAACUCUGUCUUUUAGUUUAAAACAGAGAUUGGCAGCAUUUUUCUAUAAAGGUCCAGAUGGCUUUGUGGGCCCUGCAGGCUGUGUUGCAGCUACUCAGCCUUGCUGUUACUUUGUGAAAGCAGCCAUCGACCCCACAUCAGUGAAUGAGCGUGCCUGCGUUCCAGCAAAACUUUAUUUGCCAAGACAGACAGCAAGCUGGAUUUGGCCCGUGGCCUGUGGGUUAUAGUUUGCCGACCUCUGGUGUAAAAUCAUAGUUCUAUGUUAUGUAUUUUAUUGAACUGAUCCUGAAAGCUAUAAAACUAGAUAAGCCACAUAAUAUUUAGCCUCAUUAUGCAAUAAUCAUAUCACCUUUGUGUUAAUGGUCAAGUGCUUCCCCUCGAGGUGGUGGAUGGUGGCUCAAGCAGAGUCCUGGGUAUAGGACAAGGUAAUUUAUGAACUAAAUCCUAGUUGCCUAAUCACACCAAGGGUCUCAUAGCAAUUGAGCAAACCUGUCAUCUGGCAUCCUUACAAUGAGAUCUCCAGAGACCCUUCACCUCCAUGGAACUGGUCUCAGUCUACUUCUGUGUUACUUUGGACUCAUUUAUGCUUCAGAAUAAGCAUAAUAAUCUGUUUGUCCCUGUGCAUGAACAUGGGAAUAUUCGUGUGUGGAUAUGUGAGGCUCUACCAAAUAGAGCUCCCUGAAGAGUUAACUUUUUACUUCUCAUUCUUUUACAUCACUUUGGGUUACAUUUCAGUAGACUACUAAAUAUAACUUACAGUUGUAACUUCUUACACGUUUUGAUAGUAGCCCCAAUAUCUAUGUUGGUUUGCAUUGGUGACAGAUGUACAGAAUCCAUUUUAAAACAGUAGCCAUCAUAACAACUUGUCUCUGGCCGAAUUGCACAGAAAAUAUUUGAAUAUAUCUGUUAGAGGUACGCUGGUUAUGGCAAAAUGGCUUCAAUGGCAAUUAAGAGUUAGGUCCCAGCUCCCACAACAUAUCCAAGCAGGGUACUUAUGUCCUGCCCAGGAGGGCUACCUCCAAAAAUAGAAGGCCUUUGAGAGUUUUAAAUUUUUGCCCCUUUGCUUUUUUGGCUCAAUCAUCCCCUAAGAGUGCCAUGUAUAAGUUGUGCUACUAGAUUUCAUGGAACAUAGAACAAUCCUGAAUGAAUAACAUGAUCGAUGCUCAGUGAUCAGAUGCUGCUUAUAUAAUAAUCUCCUAGAAAGAAGAAUCUUAUUAGAGUUCGGUUUGUGACGUAAAGAAGUGUUUCAGUAUGUGGCAAGAAGAAAUCAUCCUUACGACGUUAAACUCAUGUCGUAUUUUUCCUAUAAUACCUGAUUUCCUUGGAUUUUCUAGCACCAUCCACACACUUAAACCUGUAUUAUGAAUUGUAUAUUACAAAGUCAUAAAUGUGCCAUAAGGAUAUAUAGUCCAUUCAAGUGGGAAUCGUUUAGUCUGCUAGAUUUAGUUGUGAGAUUUUAUUUUUGUUUCCAAAGUAUAACAGGUUCAUGCUUGGUGGCAUUAAAUUAAAUGAUUUCAUGAAAUGGCUUUGGUGGCGCUUUUGUAAAUGGGUUGCUUCUAGAUCAUUAAGAACCAAGCCUAAAAUUCCUCUGACUGUGAAUUCUUAUAUUUGUAGAUUAAUCGUGUUCUGGAUUUGUGAGUUGAGUGACAAAGCACUUGAACAAAAAUUAUGGCAUCUGAGAAUUUCUUUAUAUCUGCUGUAGAAAUGAGAAAGUGUUGGUUGGUUUUAAAAUAUGGUAACUCCAUGAUGAAGAGAAAUUUAUUUUGUAAGUGU